GUUCCUAUUCAUCUUUAUCAUUUGCAUUAAAAGCCACAGCUUCUACCGAACCCAUCUCAAAGUCACACAUACUUCUUUGGUUUUUUGCUCAACUGUAAAGUUUGAAACUUUUUUUUUAUUUGGAUUUUAGGUGAAAUAUCACAACAGGAAUGUCGAAAAACAGCACGGUCAAUGCUUCUGCAUGUUGCAUUGUUGAGCAAGAAGUGAAAGAAGAUAAAACUCUGAAUGUCAAUAUCGCUGAGAUUUCUGCUGAAUUGCAAAGGGAGAAACAGAAAAAUUCAGAGCUCAUGGAGAGAAUAUCAGCUCUUGAGUCUCAAAUACAAGAACAACAAAAAGACUUCAAGUUCUCAAAUGCAAAUACUAGUUCUCAAAGUAUAGGGGAAGGGCAUUUCAGAAAGCUCAAGAGACAAAAAGUAGCACAAUGUAUAGACAAUAACGAGGACAGAACACAAAACAUGGACUUCGAGGUGAAGGAUCACACAGAAAUCCUCCUAAUGGAAGACGUUCAUACAGAACGCUGCCUAGUGAAUUGGAUGAGCAUGGAUGAUACUAAGUUUCUGAAUUUCGAAAGAACCAAAGACAGUGAUUCAGCUGAAGACAAUGAUCCUGAUAGCAGCGAAGACGAAGAUGACCAAGAAUCUGAUGACAAUGGCACUUAUACUGACAUUAUGCAUAUAGAAAACGUCAAGAACUUGAAAAUUGAAAAGGAGAUCGAAGAUAUUACUGAAGCAAAGAGUUCACCAACUGAUAUGGACGUUUCCAAGAAUGCAAGGGGACUCAGGAACUGUAAUAAUGAAGAAUUUAAUAUGCUCAAAACCUACGAGACACUUUCAGAAGCGCGUUCGAUUGAUCAUGGAAUAAGAAGACAGGGAACUGCAUUGUCACAUAAAAAGUCCCUAAAGAUGGCUUUUUGUCCAAAGGAAGUAAGGAAACUGCUAGGAUCAAAAGAGCUUUCCCUGGAAAAUGCUCAAUCUCAUACUAUGAGAAAAAUCUUAGUUUUUGCGCCUCUGGGUAUAAGGCAUGGGAGUGAGGACAUGUAUGAAUUAGACUUCAACCAGUUCAGCAUUUUGCACAAGGGAGAACCAUAUAUUGAUGCAAAAAAUCCAGGGGUAUGCUACUAACUUCAAUUAUAUGUCGCAUUUCAGUUCCUCCGAUUAUCUUUUUGGGAUAUUAAACUGCAUGUGGAGAUGUCUAGUUAG